AAAAAGCAGAGUCACCAUAGACAAAAUAAAGCGUCGACUUAGCGUGUGUACGAUAGUUUUACUGUAAUUGUAAUCUUUUUCACUCAAUUUCUCAGUUCACAAGCCCAUAAAAUAAUACAAAAUGACGUCAACAACUAAGCCACGCUCUGAAAUGACCCUAGAAGAGCUAUCUAAAAUCGAAGAGGAAGAGUUUAGUACCGGACCUCUUUCCGUGCUCACGCAGUCAGUAAAGAACAACACACAAGUUCUGAUAAAUUGCCGUAACAAUAAGAAACUUUUGGGUAGAGUGAAGGCUUUCGACCGGCAUUGUAACAUGGUAUUGGAGAAUGUUAAGGAAAUGUGGACUGAGGUACCGAGAACUGGCAAAGGAAAGAAGGGCAAAGCUGUAAACAAGGACAAAUUCAUCUCCAAAAUGUUCCUCCGCGGUGAUUCUGUGAUCUUAGUACUAAGGAAUCCUCUUGCUACAGCUGCAGGGAAGUAAUGCAGUAAUUAGUUUAAGUAUUAAUGAAUAAAAAUAUCCAGGAAAUUAAUAGUUUACUGGUUCAUUCCUUAAACUGUAAUAAUACUGUUUUACAAAAUUGGAUUACCUUUAAAACUGUGUUGGUUCUCUGAUUCUGCAACUCUAUGUAAUAAAAAAACAAACUCGAUAUUUUAAUAUAUUGAAAUUGUAUCAAGUUCACCUAUUGUAAGAUAAAGCUAAAAAUGAUCAGUUAUUAUAAUGAUGCAUUAAAAGAGUCUCACCAGUAUCGUUGUUAAUAUUAGCAUAAAAUAACUUCAGUGGCCGGACAUACCAAAAUUGAAAGAAGAUCCUUACUUUUGGUGCAAGUGACUAACAAUUUUGUAAAAUAAAGAUGCUUUAACAUUUUUAAAGAAACAUGGCAAAAUUACAAUGGUCAAGAAGUCCACAAACCUGUCAAUAAGUUUAUAAUUUCUAUAAUAAACCAAAGUGUAAAAGUG